GUAGUAGUAUUUGCAGGGGCAUUUACGGUAGCAGUUCCAAAGUUCUGUACUCCUCCAUAUCCUGGGAUCGCUGGAGGCGCAACUGAAUUGUACGCGUUCGAACCAGCAAUCACAACUUGGAAAUCAGCUUGCCAUUGGCCGCUGUUUGUAGCCGAUGAAGCGUCCAACAAGCCACCGAAAAGAGAGCAUUUUAUAAGGGUUUGGGAGGGAGGGUUUGGACAGUCCUCUGUAUCCGGAACAAGAGUUGGAUCUCUCUCGAAGACUACAUUCGUUAGUUUCGGUGCAUUACGUUGGAAGGGCAGACUUACAGAUAUUGAAAGACGUGCACCCCUGGAUAUUGUUGCAUGCAUUGGCACAAAUUGCAGAAUCGUAAGAAGUGACAGAGUCGGAGAUGUAUGUUAGAUACGUAGCAGAUUGAGCAGCUGCAUCAACAUUCUUGAAUCCAUCAACCAGAGCAUAGCCUGGAGGAGUCACAGCAUUCAGUGCUGCAUCAGCGAAAUUCUGAUCCGCCUGAAAGGCUACCGCAGUAUCCGGGCUGUUAACACUAGGCCCAUUCCCUGCAGCCAAGACAGCGCAAGUACCCGAGCAAGAGCUACGCUUAUGUCUACGAUUGACAAUAGCGACAGAGGAAGUUGCGGCUGCAAUGGCGGCGCCUGCUGCAGAUGAGGGGUUGUAUGUAAUACUCGCCGUGGCCGUGUUGCCGGCAGGGGCUCCUCUGACAGGAGCGGUUGGCACAGCUUUAUAUGCUGAGAUAUCGAGAGUUCGAGCUUUGAGGAAGGGAGUCGCUGUGGCUACCGCAAGAAGAGUCGAGAGUGCAAUUGUUGAUUUCAUGUUUGCGGUGUAUGGUUCUGUUCUGUACGAGGAUUGCAGGAAAGGUGUUAUUUAGAAAAGGAAGACUGAAGCUUUGUGCUGAUCUGAUUCUUUCUGGAUUCAUCUGUAGAUCUGGAGUUCUUUAUACUUUUUCUCUAUAGGUACACGAUCACCUUCUCUUUCAAAGCUCAUAUUCCAGCUGAACGCCUUCAGCCUCUUUACCAUUUCCACAACAGUAUCUGGCCACUCAGAUAUCCAAAAAGCGAUGCUAUUCUCAUCGUUUCACCCCAACUUUGCUCUCAAUCAAGGGUCAUCGCUACGCCUCAUAGAACCUAAGUCUCCCUAAAACAGAUGUCCGGGGAUAAGCUGGGCAAAAUUUGAUCCUAUACCCACAGGUCAAGAGAUGACGGGUCUUAACACAGGUCACAACUUGAUCAAUAAUCUCACUUUCUCGGGUGAGAUAACAACACCUUUGACGCCACAUAAUUUAGGAAGACCUGAAAAGAAGUGUGUGACACGAUGAAGACAACACACGUGGUGGCUAUGGACGUGCACUAAGAAACCCUCAUAGCAUGUUGUUGUGUCGAAAUGGGUCGUGGGCGCACGUCCAUUCUACCAAUGUGCGACGUGAAAAUCCGAGGCCAAUUUUUUCUUCAUCGUGUGGCUCAGAAUAUUCUCAUUUAACAUUUUUAACAAAGUGGGCAGAUAAACACUCAAUGAAGGGAUUCUCAUUAAACCCCCUUUCUCAUACUUCAAUCCUACUUCAAAAUGCAAAGUGGGGUCUAUGUUGAGUAGCCAAGUAUUUCAUUGUCGUGCUUUUCAAUGAAUGUAACAUUCAUGGGUAAUGACUGUAAGAGCCAUGGCCAGAACAGUUCAACACCUUAAGGUGUGGGCGAUAGUUAAGGCUGAACAAUAUUGAAAUUCUUGCUGGUCUACUCCGUCAAUAGUCGUGUUGUGUUGCCAGGGCUAGACAUUUAGAUCAAGGAAACUCCGAUUUGACGAACUAUUAGCGUCACAGGGGCCCCAUGUAGACUGCGGGUCCUCAAUACACCUUCUCGACCAUCGCACAUCCGAUAAGGGUCCUGCCAAAGCUUGCAGAAUACUCUAUUUUUUCAGGAAACAAGUUGUGGUGAUCGCUUGGAGCAUUGGGCUAUAAUGUGAAAUCUCCUCGAGCUUUGUCUGAGUUUUGAUAGUGCAACUUUUUACUUUAGCAUCACUCGUUUCUUAUUACAGCAAAAAUGCAGAAAGUCAUAUCUCAUGUCAACACUCCAAAGAGUACCCCUCAAUCUGAGGAAAACAGCCGUGCACAGACUCCUGUUGGUACUUCUAAUCCAUUUGCGACACCUCCAUAUUCAAGACCUGCCUCGACAAUUGGGGCUCGAUCUGGAUUUCAGUAUGCCGAAGUCCCUGGAACAGGAUACUUUCGAUCUCGUCGCGUCCGCAAAGCAGAUGCUAUACCCCUUCCAGUUAACAAGAAGGCAAAGAAGGAGACCCUCUUAUGGGUUUUCCCUCUUUGCGGUUUGCUUCUUGGAUUGGGUCUAACUGGUCUCAUUAUUUACUUGAAACUAUCUGAAAUCACACACCACAAGUACUGCCCAGUCCUUUUAGAAGACUUUUCCUCUGGUGCUUUAGAUCCAAAAAUUUGGACAACAGAAGUUCAAGUAGGAGGCUACGGAAAUGGCCAAUUUGAGCAAACCACAACAGAUGCCGAGAAUUUGUUCAUUCGAGAUGGGCAGCUUUACAUUAAGCCUACAAUUCAAGAUGCAUCGUUGAUCACCACCAACAAUAUCAUCAAUCUCACCGCUGAUGGAACUUGCACCACCACCUCCAAUAUACUUGUCAAUUGUGUCACUUCUACAAACGCAACCAACGGGACUAUCGUGCAACCAGCCAAGUCCGCUCGCAUCAAUACCAAGAUUGGUGCCACCAUCAAGUACGGGAAAGUUGAGGUCAAGGCUAAGCUGCCGAAAGGAGAUUGGCUCUGGCCAGCCAUUUGGAUGCUGCCAGUUGAGGAUACCUAUGGAUCCUGGCCACAGAGUGGUGAGAUUGAUAUCAUGGAAUCUCGUGGCAACAACUACACCUACAGUCUUGGCGGCAACAAUUUCGUAUCCAGUUCUUUGCAUUGGGGUCCAGAUUUGGCCAGCGAUGCAUACAAAAAGACCACCAACGUGAGAGCUGCUUUGCAUUCCCAGUUCGGUGAUGAUUUCCACCUUUACGGCUUGCAGUGGACCGAGAAGUUUAUCUUUGCGUAUAUCGAUAACACGCUGCGCCAAGUCAUGUAUUGGCCGUUUUCCAGUCCAUUGUGGCAACAGGGAAAUUUCCCCUUGAGCGAUUCCAAUGGAACAGCGAUCGUGGAUCCAUGGUCACAAACGGGCCGAAAAAAUACCCCGUUUGAUCAAGAGUUUUAUCUUAUCUUAAACGUUGCUGUUGGAGGGGAGAACGGCUGGUUCCUGGAUGGAGCAGAUGGAAAGCCAUGGGUCGAUGGAAGUGCAUCUGCAAAGCUCGAUUUCUGGAAAGCCCGAAACGAGUGGCUUCCUACAUGGGAGAAGAGUGGACAAAUGAUUGUGGACCAAGUGAAUAUGUGGCAACAGUGUGAUUAGCCUUAGCUUGCCAAAGACUGGACAAGAUUGAGUUACUGUAACGAUCGGCGUAAUUAGGAUAGGAAACGGACCCUGGAGGAUUUCUUUGGAUAUGAUAAGUUUAAUGGAUUUCUAGUUAUUAUUAGACGGGACAAACAAAGCAACAUACUAUAAUUCUCGAUAUAUGGAUUUUGAUUAUGACCUUGAUUCCCAAUGCAUGCUCACCUGCAAGUGCUAAGCAAACAAGAUCCACUAUUAUAGCCUGCAUCGGAAUUAAACGCACGCACACGAACGGGAGAUUCCUUGCCAACAAUACCUCAUUGCUGGCUUUGGUUGCAUUCAAUAUAGAUCAAUUGGGGGCAGAAAAAUCAAGCUUCGCGAGAUUGAACUAUUCAUCGAAUGUAUAGUACUAUAAGUGAUAUUGCAUUCUUGAUAUUAAUGGCGACAUCUUCAUGUACUACGACUAAAAG